UUACGUCUCGUCCCUUCCCCUCCGCGUUCGCCAAGGUUGCCAGGACGCAUGCGCAGCCCGGGAAGUUCUUUCUGGUUCUGAAGCGGUGGAUCCACGCGGGGACUUGGGGCUGCCAGCAGGUGCUAUGCUCUUCUACUCCUUCUUCAAGUCCCUAGUAGGGAAGGACGUGGUGGUUGAGUUGAAAAAUGACUUAAGUAUAUGCGGGACUCUACACUCUGUGGAUCAGUACCUGAAUAUCAAGCUCACAGACAUCAGCGUGACGGAUCCAGAGAAAUACCCUCACAUGCUUUCCGUCAAGAACUGCUUCAUUCGAGGCUCCGUCGUCCGCUACGUCCAGCUGCCGGCCGAUGAGGUGGACACCCAGCUGCUGCAAGAUGCGGCGCGCAAGGAGGCCCUCCAGCAGAAGCAGUGAGGGCUGCUGCUCUUCCCCCAACCCCUUUCCCCUGUCUUGCCUGCUCCCUUAAGGGAAGUGUUGCAGGAUGUGGGGAAACCCUGCCAAUUUCUAAGAGAGGGAACCACCGAGAAUUAUGUGUGUGUGUGUACGCAUUUAGCCAAGGUGUACUUCUGAUGGUUGAAAGAAGGUGUAUCCAUAAGUAUUCAUGUUUUGUUUCCAUUCCUCCAGUGGAAUCUGUAAUCUGAGUUUCCUUGUUCAUAAUUUUGGGGGAAAGGCCUGGAGUCUUCUGUGUUAUUCCGGGUAGGUGGAUCCGAGACUGAGUAACAGCAGCAAUUUUUCCCCUACCUCUGUAGAGCCUCGUAGCUCGUUGGUUUCGUUUUCUCUUUUCAUCCCAUUCAGCAUUUCGUUUCCAUGCCACGGCUUCAGGAUGGAAAAGGGUUGUUGUUUUUUUGGGCAGAAGGCUCAUGUCCCCUUUCAUCAUGAAUAGCUCCCCUGCAAACUUUGGCUUCAACCUUCCCUCACUAGGGGUAGGUCUGAUUGUGUUGGAGUAAAACUCUCGUCUCCUCUGGGAGCGAUGGGAGUUGCACUCCAACUCUUUUGAAAGGCUGCUGAAAAGUUGUUUUGAUUAAGCAUUGGCCACAGUGGGUGGACAUGUUGGUCCACAUGGACCACUAGCCCUUUCUGCUGCUUAGCAAGAGAGAACUAACACUGAAGAUGCUUCAUACUUAAUUUAAUGCAUGAGGUGAGCGAUCAGUAUAAAUUGUUCCUUUCUUAGCAUUUCUGCAGGAGCAAAAGGGACACCGUGACUUUAAGCCCCAUGAACCUUGGCUGCCCAUUUUAUUUCGGAGCACCAGUCUAUGGCACUGCUUCCCAACCUUGGGUCCCCAGAUGUUCAUGGACUGCAACUCCCAGAAACCCUGGCCAGCACAGCAGGUGGUGAAGACUUCUGGGAGUUUUAGUCCAAGAAACAUCUGGGGACCCAAGGUUGGGAACCACUGAUCUACAGAAUUCCAUUCAAUGGCCAACUCUAGGCUGCUUUAUUAAUAAGCAUUGCAGAUUGUAGUACAAUGAUCUCUUGUACCGCUAGAGGCCACAAUAAGCAAAGCUGUGCUUCCUUUUGAAGCAAAGUCAAAGUUCUUCACUUACUGUUGCCAGGAAGAGAGAAAUAAUCCUCUUGGGUUUGUGUCUCUGAAACGAUGUUAUCCUGGUGGCUUCUGUGGAAGGGGUGGGUCUCUCUGUGUUUUUUUUUUAACAAUGUGUUUUUUUGAAAUAAUGUAUAAAAUAAUUUUGGAAAAAUAAAAUGUUGCAUUUGAAAGAUGGUGGCAGUUCUGGGCAAGGCCCAACAUGUGUCAUUUUUAAAAUGACAAAACAAAGCUAAAUAUAAACAAC